AUGUAAGUGUUAUUAAGAAAACCUACUUUAAAAAGAAUUUUAAAUAUAAAAAAGAGAAUUAGUCUCCACUACAAAUUGCUGUUUUAGGACAUAUCAGAGCAGAAUCUUGGACAAAACUUUUCGAAGCAUUUACGGAAAAACAUAAAUUACAUGAUGCAGAACAAGGUAUAAUUCCAAUUGAAAAUAAAAUUGGAUCAAUUAAUUUUAUCAAAAUGCAUGGUCAAAUACUAGAAAAACGAGAUUGUAUACUUGUUGAUUUACAAAAUUAUGUUCAUAUUAUAGAUUCAAGUAGAAAAGUAAUAUCAAAAUACAUUUUUAUUGAAUAAUUUAUAAAAUAUAGAUUAAGAUAUUUAUUUUAUUAUUAUUAGCAAUUAAAAAAUUAAUAUUUUUCAUUUAAAAAAUUAAUACGACAAGAACACACUUUCAAAGACAUUGUUGAUAAAAUUUAAUAAUAAUGUAAGGAGGAGGAAACUUUAAUAUUUUAUGGGUAAAAGAAAUCUAAAAUUUGGGAUUUUGAAAAUUGAUAAACAAAUGAAACAAGAAAAUAUUCUCAACCUAUUAAAUUUUUUAGGCUUGUUCCUAAAUCAUCAGAAAUAGAAAUUAUGUAAACAAUAAUAAACAAAUAUAUUGAUAGCUAAGAUAUUUUCUAAAUGA